UAUAAAUGGUCAUCUCGAGUCGUGGGUAAUCAAUUUGAUCACCAUGUGUGGCUCAGUGCGGUGUCAUGCCACAUAGAUCAUCAAAAAAAAAAAUGGUUGCCUGUAAAGUCGGUUUUACGGGUGAAGAUUUUACGUGACAACGUCUUUUUACGCGCGCGGCAGACCGAUCAUAGUUGAGUGGGAGAGAGACGCAAGGCAUUCGGCGGCCCUCUCUCUCAUUCGGUGACUCAUCGUAACGUUACCGGGCGUUACACUUUUUCAUAAGUGACUCCCAGCCGCAACCUAAUUUAAGACGUUGUCACGUCAAAAUGUUAUGAGGCGCAGAUAUAAGAACAUUACAUUCAAUAUAAUGCAUGGAUUUAGUAAGUAAUUGCAUGAUGUAAUUGUUCUAAUAUCCGUGUUAUGAGGGGAGUAUAGAUAAAUCUUUUGGCUGAACGAUAUGAAAUUAAAAAGCGCAAUGAAGUCUUGUCAAGUUUGUUGAAUAGAAAUAUAUCAUAGAAAGUCUAUAUGCUUUAAUGCAGUGUUUUUUAGCGAAAUUAUGUAUUUAAUACGAUUAUUUUUGUUAGUAGCUAUUAUAUCCGAAUCACAUUAUGCACUACCAGAUCUUACGGAACCAUAUGUACUUCAAGUAUCAGAUUUUGUGGCAAAUCCACCAAAGAGAUUAAUAAAAGUAACCUUUCCAAGCGGCGCAAAAGUAGCAGAAGGCAAUGAAUUGUCAGUAGAUGAAGUAGAGGGGUAUCCUAAUCUAUCAUGGGGUGCUGAAGAAGGGGUACUUUAUACAGUUCUCAUGUGCGAUGCUGAUGCUAGAUAUCUUCAUUGGCUGAAGAUCAACGUGGUUAUGGAUGAUAUCUCGACCGGAGACACCGUAGUGGAGUUGCUCAACUCCCACCCAAGGCCAGGCACAGGGCUACACAAAUACGUAUUCCUCGUGUACAGACAGCAAGACGAAUUAUUGUUUGGAGGCCCUUAUCCUAAUUCCACAUUCAAAGGUCGCUUGAACUUCCUUCCUGAUGAGUUUGCAGCUAGGUAUCGUCUCGGUGACCCUGUGGCUUGUAAUUUUUAUGUAACACAAAAUGUCCCGACUACAACGAAAAAGCCAUCACAAGCAAACUUAGAAGAAAUUCAAUUGAUAAUGACAAAGAUGCAAGAAGAUAUGAAGGUACAAAAAGACGAUAUUUAUGAUAUCAAAAAGGAUAUACGUAUCAAUGUGUUAAAGAAGUUAAAAUGUUUAGAAGCGAAGUGUGCAUAUCUGGAACAGGAGCAAGAUGUACAGAAGAAAACAAUUGACAAUUUGGAAGGAUAUAUGAGACAGAAAGAGGAAAUGAAUGAUAAAAAUAACAAGAAUUUACUGUUUUGUGGAAUAGAAGAGGAUGAAUGUGACUAUAAUGGGUUGGAGGACAAGGUGUUGAAAAUUUUAAAUAGUGAUUUAAAAAUUACAUGCGACAAUUCUGCCAUAGAAUAUGUGAAAAGGAUCGACAAAAAAUGUGGUAAAUAUAAAGCUGUGUUGGUCACAUUGCUCACAAUGGGUUUGAAAUUACACAUUUUGGAAAAACAAAAAAUGCUAGAGAAAACCGAGUUUUCCGUCAAACAAGAAAGCGACGUCAAAUAAAACUGGAUAUAGUUAAGGGAUAAAAGGAGAAAAUAUUUUCACACAAACGAUUUCUAGACGAUGUUCUGUAUAUAGGCGAAGACAUGACCGAGUUUUACGGUAUUAGGGUACAUGAACAACGCAACGAAACGACGCAACAAACGUGGCGCAUUUUGUAAGAGAAAAGGUGAAAAUCCAAGGAAAAUAUUAUAGCAUAUAUGAAAAAUAAAUAGCGAAGCCGAAAACAAGUAAAUAGAGAUUGCAAAAGAUAGGAAAAUACGAGAACUAGAGGAAGUUACUAUAGAACUUUUAACUUUUUGGUGUAUUGUUUAGUGCCAUAGAUUUUUUAUAGA